CUCCCGCCCGCCAGGGGGCGCGUCUCCCCGCGUCGGUGCCUCAGGAGCGGUGCCGGGCGGGCGCCAUGGCGGAGGCUGGGGACAGCGGCGGCUGCGAGGCCGGGCUGGGCCGCGCCGGUCCCGCGGGGCUGCUGCCGCUUCCCUCCGUCUUCCCGCCGGGAUCCACCGCCACUUCCCGGCGCCUCCCCGCGCCCUGCACCCCGCAGCGCUGCCGGGACCCCUUCCUGCGGCGCCGCGCUGGACGAGGCGACGAGGAGGAGGAUGAAGAGAAGGAUGAAGAGGAGGAGAGAGUGUUGCCAGCCGAAACCUCGCUGCUGAACAAGCUGAUCCGCACAUCCCUGGUGGAGUCCUGCCACAACGUAGAGAUCCUGCAGCGGGACCCCAGCUCCCCACUCUACUCCAUCAAAAGCUUCGAGGAGCUGCCCCUGAAAAAGGAGCUUUUGCAGGGUAUUUACAUGAUGGGCUUCAACAGACCAUCCAAAAUCCAGGAGACAGCUCUGCCGAUGAUGCUGGCGUACCCGCCCCAAAAUCUGAUUGCCCAGAGCCAGUCAGGGACAGGGAAAACAGCAGCUUUUGUCUUGGCCAUGCUGAGCAGAGUUAAUGCCACCGAGAAAUACCCGCAGUGCCUCUGCUUGGCUCCCACCUACGAGCUGGCGCUGCAGAUCGGGUGCGUGAUCGAGGGCAUCGGGCGGUUUUGUGCUGACAUCAGGGUGGCGUACGCGGUCCGGGGGAACCGAGUCCUGCAGGGCACUGUGCUAAAGGAGCAGAUCAUCAUCGGGACACCGGGAACGAUGCUGGAUUGGUGUUUCAAACAGAAGGUUGUGGACCUGAAGAAGAUCACCCUCUUCGUGCUGGAUGAAGCUGACAUUAUGAUCGACACGCAGGGCCUGUCCAGUCAGAGCAUCCGCAUCCAGAGGGUUCUCCCCAAGAGCUGCCAGAUGCUGCUGUUCUCGGCCACCUUCAAGUCAACCGUGCGGGAGUUUGCUGAGAAAAUCGUCUCCAACCCCAUCAUGAUAACGCUGCGGGAGGACGAGCUCACCCUCAGCAACAUCCGGCAGUACUUCUUUGUGUGCAGGAGCAGGGAGGAGAAGUACGAAGCUCUCUGCAACAUCUAUGGCAGCAUCACCAUCGGACAGGCCAUGAUCUUCUGCCAGACACGGAGGAGUGCCGACUGGCUGGCAGUGGCCAUGACCCACGAUGGACACCAGGUUGCCAUCCUGACAGCAGAGCUGACGGUUGCCCAUCGUGCCAACGUCAUCCAGCGCUUCCGCAGCGGGAAGGAGAAGGUCCUCAUUGCCACUAAUGUCUGUGCCAGAGGCAUCGACGUGCAGCAGGUCACCAUUGUGGUGAACUUCAGCCUCCCCACCAACCUGCAGGGAGAGCCUGACUUCGAGACCUACCUCCACCGCAUCGGGCGCACGGGGCGCUUCGGGAAGAGCGGCAUCGCCUUCAGCAUGGUGGAGAGCCAGGACGUGGGACUCGUGGAGAUGAUAGAGAAGCAUUUCCGUGAGUAUCCGUCCAUAUCCACCUCUCCUGGGGUGGUUUGGGGAUUGGGAUCCCCCCUCCAGCCUGUUUCCCAGCUCACAUGGACCUUGCUGGGCUGCCCCUUUAGCCCAUCACUCUUCUAGGGUUGGGAUUUUUCCUCCCUUGCAGCAACAUUUCCAGACAACCAGCCAAGGAAGUUGUGUGUGUGACUUGAGAGGGAUAUUUCACAUACCCAGGAUGCCUCACAUCGCUUCUUUUUCCUCCUUCAGGCAUUUUAUCUGCCCUUACCUGGCAAAACCGCAUCCCAGGGAUGUGGUGUCCAUGCUGCAGUAUUGAAGCUGGCAGCUGAAAUGGUGCCUGAGUGUUUCCUGAGUGGAAGUAGAUUCCACUUGGGAAUAUCAAGGGGGUUUUUCAUGGCAUGUGCAAAAUCCUGUGGCUGCACUGGUGGCUUUUCAAGUCCUGGUGUGUUUUCCCUGUGAUUUUUAGGGAAAAGCAGGUUAUCAAAACCUUUCGGUGUGUGGAAAACCACGUCCCUUCCUCAGUGCUGCCCAGCUGUCCCGGUAGCUUGUCCUUUAAAUCCAAACCCCGAAGGAGCCCGUGGCAGAGCCUGGCAGGGCACACGUG